AUGCAUAUGCAGUUUCCUUUUGUGGUUAACAAUGUGAAGAAUGAUGGAGUAGUUGAGGGAUCAAGUAACAUAGCCACUUGGCUUUUGGGAACUCAAACAGGAAGUUCACUAUCAUCAUCUAGGUUUACAUAUCUCAUUCGUUUUCUAUUUAUACGGGGUAUCUGCGUGGAUAUGCAUGUGGGUGUUUCAAAAGUGCAAGGUGACAUGAACAUCAUCAUGCAAAACUUAGUGGAAAGACUAAGACCCCUAGUGGGUUUGAACGGAUGGGACUACUGUAUAUACUGGAAAUUGAGUGAAGACGAAAGGUUGCUAGAGUUGUUGGGAUGCUGUUGUGGUGGCACUGAAAGCAACCAAAAUGCUGGGGAAGAACAUCUUUUCCCUGUCUCUUCUGUGGCUUCAUGCAGAGAUACCACCUAUCCACACCCCAGAACAAAGCCCUGUGAUCUUCUUUCCCAACUUUCCACUUCCAUACCAAUAGAUAAUUCUGGGUAUGAAACAAUUGGGACCCAGGUUUUGAUUUCAGUGCCAGGUGGACUUGUUGAGCUGUUUGUCCCUGAAGACCAUCAAGUAAUAGAUUUUGUUACAAGCCAGUGCAUUGAAGCCAUGAACCACUCAAUGAGCUUCAACAUUGACGUGAAUGCUAUGAGCAACAUGCAACCAAACCCACUUUUAGGCGAUGAAAACGAAGGGAACAACAGGAACAAUCAUUUCCACCCUUCAGAACAUGUCAUGACUAUGGACCACCGCAUUGGCAUGUGCAGUUCUCCACUAAACUUCAUGCAGCAGUUCAACUACAACCAGCAGAACAGAAUGAAGGGCGAUGCCUUUUCUGAAGAAUACCAAGGUUCCUUCCUUCAUGACAAGCAAAGCAACCAAGAAGAGGAGCAUGACAAGUAUCAGAAAAGCCUCAUGACAACAGAUUCACAAUACGUGGAGCCUUUGGACGCAAAAGAGAAGCAAGAGGAAGACAAGGAGUUGCUGAAACACGUCGUUGGUCGAUCAGAUUCAAUGUCAGACUGCAGCGAGCAGAACGAAGAGGAGGAAGAUGGAAAGUAUAGGAGGAGGAAUGGGAAAGGCAACCAGUCCAAGAACCUUAUGGCUGAGAGGAAGAGAAGGAAGAAGCUCAAUGACAGGUUAUACCACCUUCGUUCUUUGGUUCCAAGGAUCUCUAAGUUGGAUAGGGCCUCCAUCCUUGGAGAUGCUAUUGAGUUUGUGAAGGAUUUGCAGAAGCAAGUGAAGGAGCUCCAAGAUGAGCUUGAGGAGAACGCAGACACUGAAAGCAACUGCAUCAAUGGGAAUAAUAACAACAAUAACAACAGCAAUAAUCAAUAUGUGGGUGUAGGUGAACUAUGUCCAAACUCUGAACAUGGUAAGGCCCAAACUGGGUUGCAUGUGGGGACAUCAGGGAAUGGCUAUGUGUCCAAACAAAAGCAGGAAGAUGCUGCUCUCAUUGACAGGCAGACCCAGCAGAUGGAGCCGCAAGUGGAAGUGUCUCUGAUAGAUGGGAAUGAGUAUUUUGUGAAGGUGUUCUGUGAACACAGGCCUGGUGGGUUUGUGAAAUUGAUGGAGGCGUUGAACACCAUUGGCAUGGAUGUAGUGCAUGCCACUGUAACCAGCCACAAGGGCCUCGUGUCAAAUGUUUUUGAAGUGGAGAAAAGAGACAGUGAAACGGUUGAGGCUGAAGACGUGAGAGAGUCGCUGCUGGAACUUACGCGGAACCGUUACAGAUGGACUCAUCAUGAGGUGACAGCAAAGUCAGAUCAACAUCCUCUUCAUAACCACCAUAUAGGUUCCUAUUCCCAGCAUUUUCAUAGUUAA